AACAACCAUCCUCCUCCGAAGCAAGCGAAAGUUUUCGAAGCAGUCGUGUCGUUUCAAAACUGCCUUACUGUACGUUUUAAUUUUUAUAGAUAGUUAGUGAUUUUAUUUGCACGGUGACGGCGUGAAAGUAGACCAGAUAACACAGCAUCUGAAAAAUAAAGUUUUGCGUGUUAGUGCGCUUAAACAGAAGUGUCGUUGACGACUCUGUGACAAUGGUCUAAGGAGAAACGAUUUAUUUUGUGGAAAUGUUCGUGUUAACUUACCGACUUUGGUCAGACGGAAUAUACGGUAAUUUUAUCAGUGUGUUUAUUGCGAUGUGUGUUUUCCGUAACGUGGUUAUCAUUUCUAGUGUGGACGCAGUUGACACCAAUCAUCGUCGCUAGUUAUCUAUAGAGAAGUUAGUAAGGCAGACGUAUCACUUAAAAAUGAGUGUUUUCACAGUUAUAAAUACGUGUGUCAUACUGCUGGUGUGUAACCUACUUCUGAGCAUGUAUGCGUCUGCUCAGCCGAUCAUGUGCAUGUACAUGAUGCCAGACGGUGUACUUGUCCCAGGACCGUGUCUGUCCUACGGUUACUACGUCUUCUGCUACGAGUGCGAGAAUGCAGAAGUGACUCAGUCAGCUACAACACAGCAUGCAACAACUGGUCGUGACACAGUUUCCACCACAACUUUUGUCCCUAAGACAAGGCCGCCGUCCGAGUCUACUUCACAGCCAACUCCUACUGGUUUGACACCGCCCGGAACUACAGUCAGGAGCACAACACCAGAAACAACAUCUACGUCGUUCACAACAACAACAGUGGAGAACUCCUCGCCAACAUAUCCAACAUCUACCACUACCACGAUCAGUCAGCAAACGACAACUGCAGCACCUACAACUACUUCCACGCCAGACUCCACGACAGAGUCUAGAACCACCAAGUCUACAACGACAACCGUUGCUUCAGUCCCAAUAACUACGACGGAAGCGAUUUCCUCUACAACUGGAACAACUGCUUCUCAACUGACGACAACUACCACAGCGAGAAAUAGCGCAAGUAGUACUCUGGCAGUAACAACUACUUCCACUUCAGGCACAGGAGCAGCUAACACUGAAAAACCUACGAUGUCAUCCAGUACAGUGGGAUUCACAAGCACUGUCACGCCAACAGCUACAAGUUCUUCACAGAACACUAUUCACACUGGUUCCACUGCAUUGCUUACUACAACCACGUCGCAAACGGCUGCGGCUAACAACAACACCACUCAUCAAACCACUGCAUCUGGCGCCACAUCGACAAGUACCGAGAGUGGAACAAGACGACCUUCAGGAACGACAAGCCUGCCAGCAAAUGUAACAGAACUGGAGACGCUCACCACCGCAUCAAGAAGUUCCUUCCCGACUCCACCUGCUCCUAUAACGACCACCAGGCGUCCUAGAACAACAAAAAGAAGAAGACGGACGACGACGACCACCACCACCACUACAGUCCCCACCGAACAGACGUCGACUCCGAGCAUCGCAACAGCUGCUGACACUGGUUCCACUUCGCUGCCUGUUACAGUCACGUCGCAAACCGCUGCAGGGAACAACAACACUACUCAUCAAACCAUUGCAACUGGCGCCACAUCGACAAUUACGGCAAGUACUGAGAGUGGAAUAAGCAGACCUUCAGCAACUACAACCCUGCCAGCAAACGCAACAGAGCUGGAGUCGCCCUCCACCGCAUCAAGUUCCUUCCCGACUCCACCUGCUCCUGUAACGAGCACCAGGCGCCCUAGAACAACAAAAAGACGGAGACGGACUACUACUACGACGACGACGACCUCUACCGUCUCCUCCGAAGAAUCGUCGGCUCCGACCGCCACUGCAAUGUCGCUGACCACGUCACCUCCUGGAGAGGUGACAUCUGAGAAUACGACUGCAGCUUCCAUAGCAACAAUCACCACCGAACAAACAGCAACUGCAAGUGCUCUUUCAUCUCUAGCUACCUUCACCCUACAAACAACUACAACUUCAUUCCCGAUGACCACCACCCCUUUGCAAACGACCACAACUAUUACUACAGUGCCAACGACCACCACUACCCCAGUACAAACUACUACAACUACUACUUCACCGGCGUCGACCUCGACCCCCACUACCCCUACAACGACAAGCACCACGAGCACUACUUUAGCCCCUACGACCACUACUACCAUUCCACAAACAACAACUUCAUCAGCUUCCCCAACAACUACAGCUGUUUCAACAACUUCGACUGAGAGAACUACUCCUUAUUUUGAUCCGGAUCCAGAAUGAGAGGACAAGAUGGCAUAUCAUCAGGUCUGCAGCGUCAUGCGCAGGUCGGCCACCGCGGCGCUCGCGUUCGCGUCGCUGCUGUUGCUGCUGACGGUGCUGCCACCCAGCGUGGACGCUGUGAGGCGCGUGCUGGUGCGAGCCCCGGGCCAGGCUGCGCAGGCGCGCCGCGCCAAGGUGCUGCAGGUGGGGCAGCUUCGCAGGGAGGACGUGCGCGAGGGACACAUCAUUCGCGCGCCGGAUCGCAUCGUGGAUCCGGGCGAGGUCUGCCUCGGCGGCAAGCGGCACGGCGCCGGCCGCUGUCGAGAGGAGUGGUGAUACCAGCCGCGUGUGCACAAACUCUCACUCAGUAUUAUGUGACGUUUUUUUCCUAAAAAACAAACAAAAAUA